AUGGCCUUCGAAAGAAGCAUUCGUUUUGGGCUGCUUGCCUCUUUAGAAUUGCUUGAACUUUCUUCAAACUGUCUCACUGGUGAGAUACCGAAAGAUCUUGUGAAUCUGCUGUUCUUCUGCUCGACAAGAAUAAUAUUUCUGCCAGCUUCGGAUUCUCAAGGAAGAGUUGGCGAUUCACAACCUUUUGCUGCUUCACCAAUGGGAGGUCCAACUCAGGAGAGUGGGAAUGGUUUCAGUCCAAUUGAGAUAGCAUCCAUUACAUCUGCAGUGGCCAUAGUUUCAGUGCUGCUUGCUCUUGUUGUUCUGUUCUUAUAUACACGGAAAUGGAAUCGAACUCAAGGGCCUACCGGGAAGGAAGUUACAGUUUUCACAAACAUUGGGGUUCCAUUGACCUUUGAGAAUGUUGUGCUAGCCACAGGAGGUUUCAAUGCUAGCAACUGCAUUGGGAAUGGAGGUUUUGGAGCUACUUACAAGGCAGAGAUAUCACCUGGAAUCGUGGUGGAAAUUAAACGGCUAUCAGAUGGAAGGUUCCAAGGAGUUCAACAGUUUCAUGCAGAAAUUAAAACCCUUGGAAGGCUUCGCCAUCCAAAUCUUGUCACUUUGCUUGGUUAUCAUGCCAGUGAUACAGAGAUGUUUCUAAUAUACAACUAUUUGGCGGGUGGUAAUUUGGAAAAGUUUAUUCAGGAAAGGUCUACAAGGGCUGUGGAUUGGAAAGUACUUCACAAGAUUGCUUUGGACAUAGCCCGUGCACUUGCCUACCUACAUGAUCAGUGCGUACCACGUGUCCUUCAUCGGGACGUCAAGCCGAGCAAUAUUUUGUUGGAUGAUGAUUUUAAUGCGUAUCUCUCAGGCUUUGGUUUGGCCAGACUUCUGGGAACUUCAGAGACUCAUGCUACUACCGGCGUUGCUGGAACGUUUGGAUAUGUUGCCCCGGAAUAUGCACUGACUUGCCGUGUUUCAGAUAAGGCUGAUGUUUAUAGUUAUGGCAUUGUGCUACUGGAGUUACUCUCUGACAAGAAGGCACUGGAUCCCUCCUUCUCUUCUUAUGGAAAUGGAUUCAACAUCGUUCAGUGGUCAUGUAUGCUUCUUCGGCAAGGCCGGGCGAAGGAAUUCUUCACCGCUGGGUUAUGGGAUGCAGGUCCCCAUGAUGACUUAGUAGAAGUUCUGCACUUGGCAGUAGUGUGCACGGUUGACUCUCUCUCAACCAGGCCUACAAUGAGGCAAGUUGUACGACGGCUUAAGCAACUUCAGCCUCCAUCUUGCUAGCUGCUUUACAAGGUUUGUAGUGGUUAACAUUAGUAGUCUGUAGAAAGAGGAGCUCCAUUUGUUAUAUGUGCCUGCUCAUUGCUUUGGAUAUUUCUUAUCCUACCAUUUCAGCCUUUGUUUCCAGCCAGACAGACGAGAGGCAGCUUCGUUCGCCAUGGCAUUAAAAGAUAUUCAACAUUGCUACUUAGGCCCAAGGGACCAAAGGAGGUUCGACAUUGUAGCAUGGGCUAUAUGCUUCUUCGACAUGGCCGUGUUAAGGAAUUCAUUAUAGCUGUGUUAUGGUAUGCAGGUCCUCAUGAUGCAGUUUUCUCGACAAGGCCUACAGUGGCGAAUUGAGUCAUGGUGUAAGCAACUUCAGCCCUCUGUCUUGUUAGCUGACCAACGAGGCUUGGAUCGGUUAAUAUUAGUAAUCUGUAUGGCCUCAGGUUAAGAGCAUUUGCUUCUGCCCCGUGGUCCUGUAAUAUUUAUAGCGUCAAAGCAAAAGAACGUAAAAAAAGUAAAGUAAUUUCUGUGCUGAUCUUCUGUUGCUUGUUUUAUAGGCGUAUUACUGUACUUAAUUAUUCUGCCACUUUGAAUUGCGAUAAUUCUCGGUCUUUUAGC